CUCUCUCUCUCUCUCUCUCUCUCUCUCCCUCUCUCUCUCCCAGUGCACCCCUCUCUCUCCCAGGCCCCGCCCCCUCUCUCCCUGCCCGCCUUGAUCUCCGUGGCCCCGCCCCCCUGGCGCUACCUGGCCCUGUCUCAGGCCGAGCUCGGCCCCCUCUUCUCCAACUCCAGCCCCUUCUCUUACUCCCAGAGCCUGCUGAUGGUGCCCUCGCCUGGGCACACCUCCAAACCGCUGCUCAGGGCUUCCUUCGGGCCUUACUCGGUCACUGAGAUGGUUUCCGAGCGCCUCCCUCCCCUGUCUCCUCCGCUCUGGGCCUCCCUGCUGUCAGAGGGGGUGGAGCUAGGGCCAGGGGGGCAUGGAGGGGCGGGGUCCUACAAAGUGCGGGUUCUGUUCCAGGUGAGGGGGGUGGGCUGGGCCCCGGGCUCCUGCCUCACCCUCCACGCCUUCAGGGAGACCCAGGAGCACCGCGCCUCCUGCCUCACACAGCCUCCUCUUGGUGUGUGCACAGUCACUCUCACCCUGCCCAGCGAUUGGUUUGCAUCCCAACACAUUGACCAACCAUAUCUUGGCGUGCACAAACGCCAGAGACACGCCCACCACCGCCAGCGAGCUCAGCGCCAUCGCUACGGACACCGUGUUCCCGGGCCCCGAGAGGCCCCCAAACCCCCGGUGGCCCCAGGAGACCGGGUCCAGCUCUACUACUCCUCCUCGGGGCCCGACCAGAAGGCCUCCCCUGGCAGGUGUAGGGAGGACAGGGUUUCCCAGCGGCAGCUCUUCUUCUUCAGGUCGGUGUUCCUCAGACCGGAGGGCAGACGUCUCGUCAGGAACACAACCAGAGAGGAGGAGGCUUGUCUGGGUGGACAGGAAGGGGAGGAGCUUCACUUGGAUUCCAACGUUCUGAUUCGCUACAUUAAGGGGCCAAUCAGAAUAGGGCAGCCGGCGGCCGUGUCGGUCAGCCUGAAAGGGAACCUCAGUGUCACCAUCAGGUUGAGGGUGAAGAGGGGUCUGGUUUCCAUGGCAGCCAAGAGAACAUUGACCUCUGACCAUUGGGCGGUGACCCUGGAGAGAACGCAUGGAGCUAAACAUGAUGUCAUCUCUAUCGUCUGCCACUCUCUCUCCCUCUCACUCUCUGUCACCAGCACAUCUCUCUACCAGCAGGUGGCCUGUUUGUCUGUAGAGGGUUUGAAGUGGAGUUUCGGCGUUGCCAUGACGGUAAAUGCUAAUUGGUGGGUGGAGUAUUCAGGGCGCAGUACCCGUCCUCCGGCACAAGGGGCGGUGCUGAGCAGCUUUUCGUUCACAGAACAGCCAAUCCUUGGCAUAGCGGCGAUCACUGAGACCGACACCAUCAUCAACACGGCCAUCUUGAGCGGGCAGUCCGUGUCACUUCCUGUCACGGUGAUGGCAGUCGGCCGAGAUGGGACGAUGUCCGACGUCACCGCUGCCGCGACCUGUCAGUCCAGCAACGAGAACAUUAUCAAGGUGUCCAGCGACUGCUCCUCCCUCUUCGUGGACGGGAGCGAAUCAGGAGUGGGUAGCACCUGUGUGGGGGUGGAGUUUGGUCUGGGCGCGCUCCGUAGCUCCUUGUGUCUGAGGGUGUGGGCGCCCGCCGUGCCCCUGCACGUCUCCGUCUCAGACCCCGUGCUCAACGCCAUCCAGGGCUGGCGCCACCGCAGCCAGCACGGGUGCUCGGCUGUGUACCAGCGCUCCUCGGUUCAGGUCCUGACCAAGUUCAAGGCUCACGACCUUGAGGGCGGGAUCACACACCUCAUGGGCUCCUCUGAUUGGAUGGUGGAUGUGACAGAGUUGGUCAGUGAUUCGCUCAGAGUGGAGGACCCUCAGGUAGCGUUCCUGGGCAAACAAAACAGUCUGAUUGGUUUAGAGCCAGGAAAGACAACGCUGCAGGUAGUGUCUGGCCAGUGGGAUGGCGUGCUGGGAAGCUGUGACAUCACGGUGACCUCUGACCCUGUGGCUCCCAGCGACCUCUCCGUGCAGCUGGUCAGUGGGCUCGGCAUGUCAAUCACCACCAGCCCCGCCCACCCCUCAGUUGUCACAGCAACAGUCACAGCCUUCAACAUCCUUUACAGUCCUGAUCAGGAGGCGUCGCUCAGCGUGUGGUUGCAGUUUGAUGAUGACUCCUCCUCCCUCCUCUCCUCCUUCUCCGGCCUUCCCUUCUCCCUCCGACUCUCCUCAUUGGCUGAGAGCGUGGUCGCCGUGAUGCCUGGCUCCACCCAGCGUGUGGUUGCCCGGGGAGACGGGGGAGGCCCAUUGUUAAGGGCAGAGCUGCUGGUGCCCGAAUGCACAGAACCGCCACUCAACUCCAACUUCCUGUCUGAGGGGGAAAGGGCGGCGCCAGAGGCAGGAACCCGGAGUCUGGCGGGGGGAUCGGGUUGGAUAAGAGUCCACCUGGACCUGGAUCCACUGCAGCCAAUCGGCAGCCAGUAUGGUGAGGGGGAGGAGCUUGAGCUGGACAUCUCGGAUACAUGGGUGGAUGCAAAUGCCGACUUCUACUCGUCCAAUCAGGAGCUGGACACUGUUGGGAGCGGUAACCAAACCAAUGCUGACUAUUAUGGCGGGAAAAUCCUGGAGCGCGCCGAUGUAGGGGUGGGUACACUCCUCUCUCUCGUCUGCCUCUCUUCCCUCCUCUUCCUGGUCAACUGUCUGCCCUGCUCCCUCACAGAGAGGAGGAGGAGGAGGAGGAGCAGGAGGAGGGGGGCUGGAGGAGAGGGCCCAGAGGAGAAGGGAGAGGAGAAAGGAGAGGAUGAGAGGAGAGAGAGUUGUGGAAAGGUCGAGGUGAAGGAGCGAGAGGCGAAGGAGGUUGAGCAGCUGAGGAAAGAGGGAGAGAAUAUGGAGGAGGUGGUAGGAGAGAGUCACGGGGAGAGAUAA